GCGCGGCCUGAAUUUGCCCUCAGGUGUGGGGGGCGCGGCCUGAACCUGCCCUCAGGUGUGGGGGCGUGUCCCGAAGCUGCCCUCAGGUGUGGGGGCGUGUCCCGAAGCUGCCCUCAGGUGCGGGGGCGCGGCCUGCACCUGCCGCGAUGGGAGGGCGCGGCCCGGCCCGGCCCUGCCCUCAGGUGGGCGCCGCCCUCGCCUCUCCUCAGGUGCCCGAGGCGGCGGUGGCGCCGCUCCCGAUGGCGGCCCCGGGCGGGCUGGGCCGCUGCGUGGCCGCCUUCUGGCUGGCGCUGGCCUUCGACGCGGUGGGGCUGGCGGUGCUGCUGGCCGGCGUGUUCGCCGACGUGUUCUUCUCCGACCUGCUCAUCUACGCGGGCGGCAUCGGCAUCUUCCUCAGCCUGGUCUGGUGGGUGUUCUGGUACGCGGGCAACCUGGAGGUGCCGCCCGAGGAGCUGCGGGACGACGUGGGGCUGUCGGCGCCCAAGGGCCGCGGGGACACGCUGCUGCGGCGGCUGGUGAACGGGCUCAGCCUCCGCCUCACGGCCGCGCUCGCCCCCGCCCGCCCCGCCGACCUGGAGCUGCAGCGCGCCCGGGGCCCCCGUGGCCGCCGCGCCGACCCCGGCAGGAUCUGUUGAAGACACGACUAAUGCUGCCCCAAAAAGUGGGGAAAAUGCUGCAAAUUAUGGAAAGAGAUUCCUUACUCAAGACAGUAGGAUUCUCUCAUUGUGGAAUAACCUCUGCAAGCAUUGUGGACUCUCCAUAAAAUGGACACGUGGAGCCGUAUCUCUGCCAAAAGCACCUAUUUCAGUGUUGGACUGGAUAUGCUUUGAAAUGGUGAAAAAAGAUCCCACAAAAUCUUUUUGAGAAGUGAGAGCUAAAGAGAAUUGAACCUGAUUCACUGAAAUAUCAGUGCAGCUUGUCUUAUAGUUGGUUUUAUUGUUUUGUUUCAAUUAUUAUUAUUUUCAAUAACCUGAAAGGUUUGGAUAAAAAGCUCUUGCACAAUUAAAAGCUCUUGCACUGUUUUUUACCAAGGUCUAGAAGUUAAACUUACUGUGAAUUUUUAUAAUGCCAGUGCAAUACUUUUGUUUGUAAGGGUGCUUUUAAAAUGUCUAUAUUAAACUGUCGACGCAAAGCUGCAAAUGUAGUAGAAGUUGUUUAUAGUGUAAAUACACAAUUUAUAGUGUCUGUGGUAAAAAGUUUCAUUGUUAUUCUGAAAUAACCUGGAAUCUGAGACUUUAUAAGUAGACAACACCAGUGAUGUUGGCAUACAAGUACAUUUUUUGUAGUUACAAAUUAUGUAAUAUGAUGACACUUGGAAGAGUCAUUUUUAGUCCAGUGAUAUUGGAAAUUAUUUUCCUAAUGCUGAAGCAUUUGAGAGAGAGAACAUGACCAAAAGAAACCCUGUUGAUUAACAAGUACCCCAAGGCAUUGUAAAACAUUAACAAACAGUACUUGGAAAAAGAUUUAUAUUAAUGCUAGUGAUACCUAAAACUGUGCUAAUGAUAAAAUUGUGUGGAGAAUUUCCUCAGGAGUUCUUCUGGUUUUGAAGUAACACUAAGAGUGUGGUACCACCAUCAGCAAAUACUGGUAGGGCUUAAAAUUUCAAUGCACAAUUGUUCUAUGCCACACCUCAUUGAAUACUAAAGGUGGAAUUAAGGAAAAUAUUUGCUAAGAACACUGUGGCUGUACUUCCUUAUGAACUCUUGAAAUGUCUUUCAGUGUUUUCUUGUAAAAUUACUGGAGUAACUUAUUUUCUUUGCAUAUUCUCAUUUUUGAAUGCUUUCCAAAUGCUCUAUCUUUUAAGAAAUUCAGAAGAACACUAAACUUGAAGAUCUGCAAUGUGAUUUCUCCUUUACUAUCUGCAGUUUUUAGGUGUAUGCAAUUUGUUUCCUGCUUUUAAUGGAACUGCAAUGUGACACCACUGCAGUGUUACAAUGGCCUGAUUAAAAAAAACCAAACAAACCUGUA